CGUUUCCCGUUGGUGAUGACGAGGCUGCACCUUGCACUUGCAGGUCGCCUCGCGGUCGCUCUCGCCGUGCCUCCCGCUUCCACUGCCACAGUUCAUUCCCCGCGCUAUUUCUCGCGCUGCCGCGGCCUCGUUGGCGUUGCAAUGCCGCUCGUCGCCCCUGCCUGCGCGUCCUCCCGUCCUCUAAGCGCCGCCGCUUCCGCGCGGCAGAUGACGACGACGACUCGACUCGAGGGCCGGUCCCUGCUGGUCGGCGGGCGCGAGCUCCUCGCCCAGUCCCCGCCCGAGGUCACCCUACGCGCCGGCGUCGACGGCGCGGCCCCAGGCGCCGCGUUCCUCGGCGCCACGGCGGCGGCGCCGUCCAGCCGCCACGUCUUCUCCCUCGGCACCAUCUCCAAAGGGUGGAGGUGGCUGUCCCUGUUCCGGUUCAAGAUCUGGUGGAUGGCGCCCAAGAUGGGCCCCGACGCCGCGGGCGUGCCGGCGGAGACGCAGAUGCUGCUUCUAGAGACGAGGGACGGCGCGGAGGACGCGGUGUACGCGCUGGUGCUGCCAGUUCUCGAGGGGGAUUUCCGGGCCAGCCUCCAGGGAGCCCCCGGAGACGAGCUCCAGUUCUGCUUCGAGAGUGGUGAUCCUGAUGUGCAGACGAUGGAAGCCGUUGAUGCGGUGUUUGUCAACUCAGGGGAUAACCCUUUCAAGCUUAUCAAGGAAUCCAUCAAGUUACUGUCCAAGAUCAAAGGAACUUUCAGGCAUAUAGAGAGCAAGGAGAUCCCUGGUUACUUGGAUUGGUUUGGAUGGUGUACAUGGGACGCGUUUUAUAGAGCUGUUAACCCAGCGGGGAUUGAGGAGGGCCUUCAAAGUCUGCGUGAAGGAGGUGCCCCACCAAAGUUUCUGAUUAUAGAUGAUGGUUGGCAAGAAAUUGUGAACGAAUUCAAAGAAGUGGAUGAAGCUCCGAUUGAACAGACUAUGUUUGCAGAGAGGCUGGUUCAUCUGGAGGAGAAUGAUAAGUUCAGGGGAGAAGCCUGCAAGAAUCUUGGGGACCUUGUGAAGAAAAUCAAAGAGAAGCACGGAGUCAAGUACGUAUACGCUUGGCAUGCCUUGCUGGGCUAUUGGGGCGGCGUCCAUGCAACAUCUGACGCGAUGAAGAAGUACAAUCCAAAACUAGUUUACCCUGUCCAGUCUCCUGGCAAUGUUGCAAAUUUGAGGGAUGUAGCCAUCGACAGCUUGCAAAAAUUUGGAGUGGGCAUCAUUGAUCCGGAGAAGAUAUAUGAAUUCUACAAUGAUCAACACAGUUACCUUUCUAGUGUGGGUGUGAAUGGUGUGAAGGUAGAUGUGCAAAACGUGAUGGAAACUAUCGGGCAGGGCUUCGGUGGCCGUGUUGCAUUAACUCGCAAGUAUCAACAGGCUCUUGAGGAUUCUAUAGCUCGGAACUUCAAAGGAAAUGACAUAAUAAGCUGCAUGUGUCACAACUCAGACAACAUAUAUAGUGCCAUGAAGAGUGCAGUUGCUAGAGCAUCAGAAGAUUUCAUGCCUCGAGAACCAACACUACAAACUUUACACAUCGCGAAUGUAGCUUUCAAUAGUCUUUUACUGGGAGAAAUUUUCAUCCCAGAUUGGGAUAUGUUCCAUAGCAAGCAUGAAUCAGCAGAAUUUCAUGGGGCAGCUAGGGCUCUAAGUGGAGGUGGUGUUUAUGUCAGUGACAAACCUGGAGUGCACAAUUUCAGUGUUCUGAAAAAGCUUGUUCUACGAGAUGGCUCGAUCCUAAGAGCAAGGCACGCGGGUCGUCCUACUUGUGAUUCCCUGUUUGAUGACCCAGUUAUGGAUGGGAAAAGUCUGCUGAAAAUAUGGAAUGUGAACAAUUUGUCUGCUGUCAUCGGAGUAUUCAAUUGUCAGGGAGCUGGAAACUGGACUUGGCCAGUGAAUGAUAUUCCACAUGUUCCGACCACCGUUAAUAUAACUGGUCAUUUCUCGCCAUCAGAUGCGGAGUCCCUUGAGGAGAUUGCUGGUGAUGAUUGGAAUGGAGAGACUGCAGUAUAUGCUUUCCAUUCAUGUAAACUUUCAAGGCUUCAGAAAAACCAAAGUUUGGAGGUUUCAUUGUGUACCAUGGCAUGUGAGAUCUAUACCAUAUCACCAAUCAAGGUCUUCGGCGAAGCUGUUCGGGUUGCACCUCUUGGACUGCUCAACAUGUUCAAUUCUGGUGGCGCGCUCGACAGUAUUGCAAGUAGUGUUGAUUCUUCAUACACCGUGAUUCAGAUCAAAUGCCGAGGGCCAGGGCGAUUCGGGGUGUAUUCAUCGGCCAGGCCGGCAAUUUGUAGAGUUGAUGCACAUGAAGUUGGGUUCAGCUAUUCAGAUGAUGGCCUGCUAGCCUUUGAUCUCCCCGACGGGCCUUCGCUCAGCCACCUCAGAAACAUUGAGAUUCUGUACAGGCCCUCCUGAAUCUGCUUGUAUGUGACCCUGACGCGGAAAAGUCGAUGUUGAACCGAACGGCAUUUGAACC